AUGAUUGGUAGUCUUCCUGAAGAAUUCAAACCUCUGAUCACAGCUUUAGACGCUGUUGGAGAAAAUAAUUUAUCAUAUGAAAAAGUAAAAGGAAUGCUUUUGAAUGUCGAUCGAAAGUCUGAUACGAAAAAGAAUGAAGAUGCUUUUUCUGCAAAGCGUGGUUUUGGUGCAAAAGGAAAAAGAUGGUCGCGAUAUGGUAACACCAUUGAUGGGUAACACUCAAGGAGGUGAUGGAAAGUCAAAUUAUCAGAAAGGUGAUGGGAAAUCUGAAAGACCCUUUCAUGGUCUUUGUCAUUUUUGUCAUGAGAGAGGACAUUUUGCAAGAGACUGCCCCAAAAAGAAUCCAAAGAAUAAGAAGUUUGCUAAUAAAAAGAAAUUGAGAACCAAGAAGAAAUUAAUAGUAAAUAGUAUUGUGUGA